AUGAACGCGACAGUGUUCGGCGCCGGGGACGGCGACGGCCGUGAGACGGUGGUGCUGGCGCACGGGUACGGCGGCACCCGGUUCAUCUGGGACGACGUCGUCCCGGCGCUGGGGUCGAGGUUCCGAGUCGUUGUCUUCGACUGGAGCUUCUCCAGCGCCGCCGAUGGCGAGCGGUACUGCUGCUCGUACUACGGGCUCGCGGACGAGCUCGUGGCGCUGAUGGACGAGCUCGGGGUGAGGCGGGCGGCGUUCGUGGGGCACUCCAUGGCCGGCAUGAUCGGAUGCAUUGCGUCGGUCGCGCGGCCGGACAUGUUCAGCCACCUCGUGCUUGUCGGAGCGUCACCCAGGUACAUCAACGAGGGAAGCUACGAAGGAGGCUUCGAGAUCGAAGAGGUGGAUGCGAUGCUCACCGCCGUGGACGCGGACUUCGCGGCGUGGGCGCCGCGCUUCGCCGAGGCCGUCGUCGGGCCGGACCACCCGGCCGCCGUCGCCAGGUUCGCCAAGCAGCUCGCCGCGAUGCGCCCGGAGGCUGCGCUCCGCGUUCUGCGCGCCGUGCUCACCUGCGACGUCCGGGGCGUGCUCCCGGACGUGGCGGCGCGCUGCACCAUCGUGCACUGCGCCCACGACGCCGUGGCGCCGCUCGCCGUCGCGCGGUACAUGCAGCGCGCGAUGGCCGGGGCGGACACGGUGGUGAUCGAGUCCUCCGGCCACUUCCCGCAGCUCACGGCGCCCAAGGAGUUCGUCAGGGUACUGGAGGCGAUACUGCUCGACCACUGA